CUUCUUCCUCUGGAGCACCGGGACUUUUCCCAAUGUGGGCCGGCCCAUCCGGUACAUAAAUAUAUAUGUUAAAUGAUGGAAAUCCUAUUACAUCUCCUUUCUACGCAAAUGGAUGAGUGAGUCGAUUGCGGCCGCGGCCGGCAAUGAGUGUGUUUUGUUUGCAUGAGUGUUUUGCCUUCCCUUCCUGUUUAGUAUCUUGAAACAUGCCCCCUUUCACGUCAUCUCAUUUACAGAGAGAGAGAGAAAGUUUUAUCCAGUACAGCGAAUUUCUCUGAGCAGCAGGCCACUGUAUACGUUCACUUAAAACAAAACCGACUGUGAUUAUGAAAAUACUUGCAGAGACAAUUAUUUUGAGAUGAUUUUGUGUGUAUGUGUUCAUUCAGAAGCUACGAUACACAAAAGAUAAAUUAAUUCUGUGUACGUUAUCUGAAAUGCUGCUCUCGGCACAUGCUUUGAAUGAGUGCGAGCAAGCUUCGAAACGUGCGUGAAUUGUUUAAAACGCUUGAAUCUGCAAGAUUUAGAAACAAGUGCAAACGAGUGAACAACGCGAAUCAAGUUAGGAAUUUUACAUCACUAUUCACGAUAUAUAGAUAUAUUUUGGAGACUGGAGAACACGAUAGGCCCAGGACAUCAGGCUCAUGAUUUUAUGAGCUCUGCACCACAGAUCUAUAAAGUUUGUGGUCCUUUGGUUUCGUUCAACAACAUAAAUGAUUAUUAUAAUUAUCUCAAAAGAAUCAUCUGUUCACGAAUCGGAUCUUGUAUUAACGAGUAUUAACUAGUCAAAGAUGGUCUAUUAUUGAAAAUAUCUAAUAAAUAAAGACUUCAAGUUCAUCUUUAAAGCACAUAAAGCUAUUGUUUGAGUUUAUAAACUUUUAUUUCAUGCAUGAUUCGUAUAGCUCUCUUAACUUAAUGCAAAGUGUGAGUUCUUUCUAUGAGAAUGUUUGUGUCGUGAUUAUGAUUAUGCAACGCUCACUAGGAGUCGCUAAAUGAACAGCUGCUGCACACAGGGUGGUUUGAUUGUUUUGUUUCAAAGGAGGAUCAGUUGCCCUAUUGGUUAAAAACCCCAAACUUAAAUAUUAAAUUAAUAAAUGACAUCAAGUUAUCAAAUAAUUAUUUUUAAAGAAACACGAAGAUGUAUAAAAGGCUCCAUUACCUUGUAUCUUACAUUGUGGCCCCGUAGAAGCAGUUUUUGUAAAAAUAGACUAACGAUUGCAUCAUAACCCGCGACUCUCUGUCACACAGUAGAGAAAUUACCGUAUGGACAGGAGGAGAAGCUUGCAGACGUUAUUCAACAACGUCUGCAAGAUUCGGUGGGUGAUUCAGAUUUCUCUUGGCACAGCGAUUAGAAGACUUACAAUUGUCAGACAGGUUGCUCACGUGACAUCUAUGUCAUCAAGCUCAGUUUGAGUCUGCGCAGUACGCUCGACCCCCAGGAAGUUCAUGCCCUCUAAUUGACUUCACUUAUCUAUGUGGGGUCGCUGUGUCCAUUUCUUUUACUGUCUAUGGUUGUGAGUUCCUCAUUACUGCCGAGAGCUCGAAACUGAUACACUGUCUCCUUGUUUCUCUCUUGUUUUACAUGGGGGGGGGGGGGGGUAAUGUACAAAAACAACUCUGAGUUAGAGUCUAGCUUUGCUGAAAUUUAUUUGGGAUAUGAGUGGACUGUUUUAGAAAAAUAAUUUUCGUUAGGGUCUGUUUUGAUUAUGUUUGAAACAAGUUUGAGAUGAGAGGGCAAAGAACGACAGAGCAAUGGCCAAUUGAUAACAUUCACAUUACGUUAGAGAGCAAGUUAGCUCAACACACACACUUUCCCAUGCACAGAUUAAGAUAUUUUUUUUAGAUUGCAAUGUUAACAGAUAUGUUUAGCUCACUGUAUGUUAGUUCCCCACCAUUGGUUGGAAAUGUUUUUUGCUCAAUGAGUGUAGAAAAAAAUGGUUACAGUUUGAAAUGAAGUUUAAAGUUAUAUUUGAAGCACUUUAUUAGUUCUGAGCAUGAUUUUGCAGUACUGUAUUGACAUGAUACUGAUAAAAUACUGUGAAUUGAAGUUUCUAAGUAUUUUAAAAAUAGCUGGUGAAUAUUACCAUUAUGUACCAUUGAUAGAUCGUGUAAAAUACAAGCACGAAAAGUAAGUGAACUUGCAUUUGUGUACUGAGAGGUUUAUUUUAUUAUGGAUUUUGUGUUGACAUGGACACUGAAAAUUCAUCGUAAUGUAAAAAAAGACAAUGAAUAUGUAAUAUGUGAAACAUAAAAAUUACUCUUAUAGAGAUGUGUUUGCUGAAGAAAUUUCUUAAAAUAAAUUACUGCAGAGAGCUCGAAACUGAUACACUGUCUCCAGUUGUCAGACUGAGUGGCUGUAGGUGGUAAUGGGUUUUCAUACUCAUUUUGACGUGAUCGAUCGGGGUUUGAAUCUGCCUUUUAGCAAACUUUUUUCUUCCUUUUCAAAUUUCAAAUCAGAAAAGCAUUUAUUUUCAAUAAAAAUUAAGGAAAUAAUCAAAAAGUUGAAAAUAAAGUACUGGGUAGGAUCAGGGUAGGUGUAGGGAGGGCUUGUCCCAUAAGGUGGCAUCCAUUUAAUAAUUUCAAUUAAAAUAAAAAUUUACACUCAGUAAGUUAUUGCAUAAUAUAUGACAAUGCUGAGGUGCAGAUAACUGCCACUAUUUGCAAUAAGUAAUAUCCUGCUAUUUUAGUAUAAACAGUGUAAAUAGCAACUUUCACAAAAAAAGACUGCUAUUUUCACUUAGUGUAAAUACUAAAUAGGCUCUAUCCCAUUAAAACUUGUCUGUGUUUAGUUACAUUUGACUGCUAAGGAGAAUGAGAACAUAUUAAUGCUGUCACUUUAUUGCUCCCCAGAAUAAAAUGCUAGUCAGUGUUGUUAUCGAUUAAUCCACAAUCAAUGCACAUUGUGUGUUAAUAAUUACUAGUAGGAUAGUUGCUGCAAAUAUAGGGAAACUGCUGACUAUUCUACUUAAACCCAUUCAAACAUAUAGACUGACAGUGCAGUUGUUUAGAACUGUUGAGAGUUCCAUGAAACAUGAGAUCACAGCAUGUCACAAUUCUGUUUCUCAGCAGCUCUGGUGUAAGAAUAAACAAAACAUUGCAAAACAACAAAGAUGUUAACAUAAAGAACAAUAAACUUUAAGUUCAUCAUUUGUUCUCUGUAUUUUACUAAGUAAUUGUCUAUGUUUAGGAAGUGUUAAGUAAUUAUUCCACUAUUUAAUUGAAAGGUAAAUACAUUAUAAUGCUAGACACAGUUUUUAGGAAGUCUGAAGUGAAAGCAAAGCUGUGGUUUUGGUUUAGAUGUGGGAGUUGUCAACAAACCCUGUUUUUCAAACACUCAUAUAGCUAAUUUAUUUUAUUUCUACGAAUUUCCCAUAAAUCAAAAUUUGAUCAUGGAGCUAAGAUCAGGCUUCAAUUCAACGUCUAACAGCACUGCUGUAGGUUCAGAGAAGAUCACUCCUGCUGUAGUUCUGGGUUUGUGCUGUUUGGUUGGUUUACCAAGCAACAUUGUGGUAAUCAUCAGCAUUGCUCGUGAGUGGAACAAUAAUCUGAGCUUCACCUUAAAGCUAAUCCUAAACCUUGCGGUCUCUGAUGCUUUGACCCUUUGCUUGGCUCUCAUUGUUAUGUACGGAAUACAGUUUGGAUGGAAACUCGGACUUUGGUCUUGUAAGUUUCUGGUUUUUUUGGGUCACUGGAGUCUGUAUGUUGCUGUUCUGACUGUCACAUCCAUGAGCGUACAUCGCUAUCAUAAUGUCAUCAAGUCAAGAGUCACUAACAGGAUGAUACUUCAGAGACUGGAAAGACAGCAGAGGUGCCUUCAGCUGAUUGGCAUCUGGAUUCUAGCCUUUGCUUUUGCCCUACCAGUAUUUUUUACUCAAGGGCUCAAAGACAAGAAUGGAUUGCUAAGAUGUCAGAGGAUAACGAAGUCACAGUUUGUAAAAGUCACUGUUUUGCUUUUUGAGAUCUUUUUGGGGUUUGUCAUCCCAUUUUUGACAAUGUUGACAUGUUAUCUAUGGUUGGACAAAGGGUUGAGACAAAAAGCCAGGAGCUCCAGUCUAACUAGAUCUCCACAGGAUCAGGAACCCAGAAACCAGGGGACAAAUGUUAAGACUUACAAGAAGAGACUUGUGAUCAGUAUCGUAGUGGCUUUCUUUCUGGUUUGGACUCCUGUGCACAUUAUUAAUGUGAUUGAUAUAGUCACUACUCUGACUAAAACAUCUCAUCCAGAUGUUCAUUCCCAACUGAAGACUUUCCGCGGAGUAUAUGGUGAUACAAGCAAGACUCUGGCUUUACUAAACUGCUGUCUGAAUCCUUUUCUUUAUGUUUUCUUUUCAAGAAAUGUCAUAAAGUGUACUAAGUAGCAGCUACAUUUGUUUAUUUCCUAGUUACAAAUGCAGAUAAAUAUGUUUAGGUUUUUAAACUGCUCAUUUCAGUUUGUGUAAGAAUUACUUCUCUGUUGUAAAAAGCUGCAUUAAUGCAAUUCUAAAAUCUGAGAAUGUCAAUGAAUAAAU